UCUUUGAGUGUGUGUGGUUGUAAAAUGUGGUCUCGGUUGUGAGGACCAUUAUAUAAAAGGUGACCCAUCUCAGUAAUGUGAAGUGCAACCAUGAGUCCAUGCGUCUUCUCAAUGUUGGUGAUUUUGUGGCCGGUAAUGGCUGUGGAGACGUUCACCUUGGAGGGCAAGCAGAUCCUCGAAACCUUGCACUGUCCACCUUGCGAACGCAUCCAUUGUUCCCCUCGCCGAGCGCUGAAGCUCCAGUGUAAGGGUGGAAUCACCACUGGGAUCUGCGGUUGCUGUCCAGCCUGUGCCAAGCUUGCGGGAGAAAGCUGUGGAGGCACCUGGGACUACCUGGGGAAAUGUGAUGAAGGGCUGGUUUGCAUUUACCCAGAAGAAACUGAUGGAAAACCAGAGGCAGAACUCAAGGGAACCUGCAAAUCAGUGCUGGAGGUUCUCAAAGCAGACACUUGCAGACCGGAGUGCACAUGGGAGUUCUGCAAGGCAAAUCCCAAUGAAAUAUGCUCAGCCAGGUCUGUAUUGUUGGAGAAGCGUGAGUGUGGAGGUCACUGCCAGCACACCACCUGCUCCAGCUGCUUGGUUCUCAGACCUCCAUCGUGUCCUCAGUCCUGUUCUCCAACAGAUCACGUGUGCCUGCAUCGCUUCGGCAGGUGUGUGCAAGGACACCUGACCCAAGAAACACAUCCACCCAUCUGCCACCAGAACCUACAGAAUAACUCUGAGGGAUUCUUUGUGUGCUUGGCCCCUACCUGUCCAACUGCAGCCAACUGAUUCUGCAUUUUAAGAAGAAUCCAAAUAAUGUAAUCCAGUUGUAAAUUGUAGCAUAAAAGGCAGCUAUUUUUUAAUAAUGCAUUUCAUUACUAUAAAAAAAAAAAAAAGAAUGCUGUGAAAUUAUUUGCAUUAUUCUUGUACAGCUUUUGUCGUACAAUCUAAAACAGUGUUUUUAUCAUUAAAACAUGUUAAAACUGCAUUUCGAUGCCUACCAUUAAUAUUUUUGUCAUAUAAUCAUGUCCGUUUUUUAAAUGAUGUAUUCUAAUAUUUGUAUGUGCGAAUGUUAAAUGAAUAAAACUAUUUUCAUUUCGG